AUGGCUUCCCAUCUGGCCGUCAUCUCUUCGGCCAAAGGUCAACCCUUUCAGCUCGAAACCCGCCCCACCCCUAAGCCAGGGCCAAAUGAACUUCUCAUCGCUGUCAAAUCGGUAGCCCUCAACCCGGCAGACGCGAUCAUGCGUGACCAAGGUCUCUUCAUACCCACGUACCCCACGGUUCUUGGGUUCGAUAUGUCGGGUUUAGUUCUCGAGGUUGGCGACAAUGUGCCCACCGACACCAAUUUGGCUCUUUCUUUCCAACCAGGUAUCACCCGCGUCGCCGCCUUCGCCGCCUUGUUCUGGAGGUCCUGCGAUCCAGACUAUGGCCCAUUUCAGGAGCGAUGCCUUGUUCCCUGGCAGCAUGCUAUACCACUUCCAGACGAGAGCAUAUCUUGGAACCAUGCGGCAACCUUGCCCGUCGCCGUUGAGGUGGCCCAUAAUGCGUGGGAAAUUAUGGGGAUUUCCCGGAUGGGACAAACAACUGCUUUUGAUCCGGUCUCUGCUGGUCGUACCAGCGAGGAUGUCAACAACACGGAACAAAAGAGUAAUGUAAGGAAAAGGGAAGCUCUCUUAAUCUGGGGGGGCCUCCUCAAGCGUCGGCACUAUGGGCCCGUGUACGCCACGGCCGGAUCGGCGAACCAAAGUUAUAUUUGUUCACUGGGCGCGGACCGCGUAUUCGACUACAAGGACCCACAAGUUGUGAAUGAGAUCGUUUCGGCGGCCAACGAAGACGGAUUAGUGAUCCGUCAUUGUUUCCUUGCUACCGGGCAGCUGGAGCAAGGUCAGGCUGUGCUGAAAGCCUUCCUCGAAAAAGAUCAUAAAGGGAAGGUGAAGACGGCGAAGAUCGGUUCGGCACCCGUCAUUCCUGCGGAUGCAGAGGUCGUAGAUGGGGUUGAGACGAUAUUCGUGAUGCCGUCAGCAGUGGAAGAGGAAAGACUGGAGCAGUUCCGAUACUGGAUUGGAACGUGGCUGAGGGAGAACCUAGACAAGGGGACCAUCAGGCCGAGUCCGGAACCGAUCGUCAUUGGGAAAGGUCUGGAGGCUAUCAAUGCUGGUUUGGACAAAUUGCUCCUGGGGGUAAGCUGUACGAAGUUGGUUGUUGAGGUUGCGGAGUGA